ACUCAGGACCGUAACUCCAAAACCAUCCAAGUGAUGAACACUGAGAGCAAAGCAGUGCACGUGUAGCAGAUUAGGCCUUAUGAAUUAUCCAAAAAUAGUAUUACCUUCCUGUAAAUUACAGGAUAUAUAGGUCAAUCGAAAAUUAUUAGCGUAUCUAGCAAAAAAAUUCAGGUGAUAUGACUUACCGAGAAGUUUUCGAUUAGUUUGAGUAUUGAUUUGAUACAGCAUAUUUAAUACGUCUGAAAAUCGUUUCUGAAAUCUGAUUCCCAAGCAAAAUCAGCAAUGGAAUCCACAAAGCUCUGGCAUGUCAUCUCCUUCUAUCUCUCAAGCGCCUUCGCCAUCUUCCGCAACCUACUUCUUUACACCCUUAACUUAAACCAGUCUCCUUUACUGACCAAAUUCAUGGACACGAUCUUAUCUCUUUAUUUUCGUUUUUGCAAUCUGUCUCCCUGCGCCACUGAUUUGGAUGACCAAACCACCGUCCAUUUCUGGGUCGCCAAUCACCGACGUUUUAACAAGCCAUCUCUUGUCAUGGUCCAUGGCUAUGGAGGCAAUUCACUCUGGCAGUUUCUUCAUCAAAUUGGUCCUCUGUCUAGAAAAUUCAAUGUAUAUGUCCCGGAUUUGUUGUUCUUCGGAAAAUCUCACUCGAAAAGCCUGGACAGGUCUGAUUUGUUCCAGGCUAAAUGCUUGGCAGACGCGUUGAAGAGGCUGGGAGUUGACAGGUUCUCUGUUUAUGCAAUUAGUUAUGGAGGAUUCGUGGCGUAUAGGAUCGCUGAGAUGUACCCUGAUGAGGUGGAGAAGGUCGUGAUCUUGAGCAGUGGAAUUCUGUAUACUGAUGAUCAGAAGGCAGAGCAGUUGAGGAGAAUUGGAAGGCAUCCCUCUGAGAUUCUUGUUCCCAAGAACCCGGAUGAUUUAAGGUUACUCGUGAAUCUGUCAAUGUACAAGCAGAAUUCUCUCCACUGGCUUCCUGAUUUCUUACUUCGCGAGUUCGUAACUAUGAUGUAUGAUCAUCGUCGGAAGGAGAAGAUUGAGCUUGCAGAGCACUUGGUGGAGAAGAAAGCAGAUACCAACCUUCCUGUUCUAACUCAGGAAACACUUAUAAUUUGGGGGGAUCAGGAUAAGGUUUUCCCAUUAGAACUUGCACAUCAGUUGCAAAGGCACUUGGGUUCAAAAUCAAGGUUGGAGAUUAUCAAGGAUACAGGGCAUGCUGCUAAUAUGGAGUCGCCUGAUGAGGUCAAUAAAUUGGUUAUAUCGUUUGUUUCAGGUUGCUCCUAGCGUGAUCAAAUGAAUACGAUAAGAUUGUACUUCAAACAUAUUAUAUCAGUUAGCAGUAUCCUUUUUCGCUUUUUAAUUUUGAGCAAAUUGACAAUCCGAUGAAAUGCUGAUAUUUGUCUAAAGGAAAAGAGACUACAGGCAAGCAUGUUAGUAUAAUCAUACCCCUAGUCAGUUCCAAGUAAUUUAUGACUCGCCCGAAAGGCCUGGAUGGCCUCAAAGAUUGCUAAGGCUGCUGCCCCUGGAUUGGAAUUGGAUUAUGAGUUUUGACCUUAAAAAGAAUUUAAAUCUCCAUUGGCUAUUCUUACCCACCGCAGCUAUAAUAACUGUUCACAUCAUAUUUGAAUUCCUACUCAAUUGUGGAAAUGGUGGAUGACAAGGGAAAGUGGCGCAUGUUUUCAUUCACAUGGACUGCAAUCUGAAUGAAGUCGGGCUUGACUGGUCCAGAUUCUACCUUCAUACAUGUUUUUCCCCUUCUGAAGGAAGCGGGAAAGCCUGCUACAAGGAAAAACCAAACUAAACUACCAGAAAAGAGGCAGAGAGCAAAGAAACGAAAGUAAACAGACUAAUGCUAAUGCUUCUGAAUACCAUCCUUGAGUCCCCAGCGUUGACGAGAUAUAUUACUUCUAACAUUCGAGACAGAAUAGUUGAAUACAUGUAGAUAGGUGGAGAAAUCAACGAGAGCAGGCGCUGGCGUUGUUUAUUGGGCCGGUCGUGCAUUUUGGGUCUAAUUCUUCCAUCCUAUUUUGUGAGAUGAGAUGAGUUCUACUCAUUGCCAUAGCUUUAAUUUAUGUCAGUAAUUUUAACUGCUUAUGUUUAUUUAUUUAUUGUCAAAUAUAUAUAUAUACACACACACACACAAAUAUAG